GGAAAUAUUAAGUUUUUUUCAAAAAAUUUAUGAUUUUAUGCAUAAUUUACAUAUAAACUUUUUUACAAAAAAAAAAAAAUUAUUAUUAUUAUUAUUUUGAUAUUAUUUACCCCUUAAAAUUGAAAUUACACGGUCACAUAUUUCCUAAAAUCUGAAAUCCAAAAUCCGAAAUAUAAUUCUGGCCAAAAUUAACGUAAUUUCACUUAAACAUGUAAUUUCAGCCGAAAAUCAUAAUUUAGCCAAAAUGGAAUGCAGAACUUUUUUUUUUUGGCGAUAGCCAUUCCACAAAAAUUGAUUUUAGUGGGAACGACACUGGAAUUUUGUGUAACAUCACUUUCUUUUUUAGGAUAUUUGUUAAUUUCUGCUAAAAUUAAGUGCAUAAUUCUGGCUGAAAUUACAUAUUUAAUUUCGGAAUUAUGUCAUUACGGAUUAGUUACGGCAUUAAGACCUAAUUACCAGUAUUACGAUCUAAUUAUGGCAUUACAACUUAAUUACAGCAUUACAACUUUUGCUUUUUAAUGUAGAUAGGUUGCAACCUAUUACAUACGACACUGUGUCUUAAUAUUACAGUUACAGCUAACAUCUUU